GUUUCUAUUCUUAUGUUAGGUAAAAAUCAUUUAAUUGUUGUUACAAAUGUCUUUGAGAAACAUAGGGUAAAAAAACAAACGUUUUAUUUAAUAAUAACAAAUUAAAUAAUUGCCACGUACAAUAAUAUUCACAACUUUGCUAGCGGAAAUACACCAGUACCAUUUAUGUUUUUGAGAUAUCAAACAUUUUAUUGUAUUUACUGUCAAAUUUAAUUCAUACGGAAGUAAUUAUUUUAAUUAAUAACAUUGUAUAGCUUCAUUUUGGUAGUUAAAUUUGGUUUAUUGUAUUACUUAAAUCCUUAGGAAUCUCAUUACUCAACUCAUAAGUUGGUGGACCUUCCGGUUUAUAGGAUAGCACGCGGAUGUGGUAGAGCAGCAGUUUAUGAGAUUAUUUUCUUGUUUGUAAUUUUUGGACAAUAUCUUGAAUAUUUACAAUGGCUAAUAACGGUGCCCCAGACUCGUGGGAACAGGAGGCGGACAGUGGUGUGACGGAAUCCGGCGAGAAAAAUGAUAUGUCCAGUAAGUUUUCAACGUUGAAUGUGAACGCAGCCGAAUUUGUGCCUUCAUUCUUGCCUCGACAAGCAGACCCGCUGCCGAGAAUUGACACGCCAGAAAGUGGCGACUCCUCGGCACCUAUAACAAAUGGAGGGACGGCGGCGGACGAGGAGGCGGGCCCCCACGCGAGGGACGCGGACGAGCCCCCGGGAGGGGGGGCCCCGCCGCCCCCCGCCGACAGCUGGGAGGAGGCGGUGGACGCGGACCCCCUGCUCACGCCCGACGACGAGCGGGAGGAGGCAGGCGACGACGAGGACGACCUGGAGGCGGAGGAGGUGGUCAGGCCCAAGAAGCGCGUCACCAGCAAGGCGGAGGAGACCAAGAGCAAGAAGGAGCACGUCAACGUGGUGUUCAUCGGCCACGUGGACGCGGGCAAGUCCACGAUCGGGGGCCAGAUAAUGAACCUCACCGGCAUGGUGGACAAGAGGACGCUGGAGAAGUACGAGCGGGAGGCCAAGGAGAGGAGCAGGGAGACGUGGUACUUGUCGUGGGCGCUCGACACCAACCAGGAAGAGCGGGAGAAGGGCAAGACGGUGGAGGUGGGGCGGGCGUACUUCGAGACGGACCGCAAGCACUUCACCAUCCUGGACGCCCCGGGCCACAAGAGCUUCGUCCCCAACAUGAUCGGAGGCGCGGCACAGGCGGACCUUGCGGUGCUGGUGAUCUCCGCGCGCAAGGGGGAGUUCGAGACGGGGUUCGACCGGGGCGGGCAGACGCGGGAGCACGCCAUGCUGGCCAAGACGGCGGGCGUCAAGCACCUGGUGGUGCUCGUCAACAAGAUGGACGACCCCACGGUGGAGUGGUCGGAGGAGCGCUUCAGCGAGUGCCGCGACAAGAUCCUGCCCUACCUGCGCAAGCUGGGCUUCAACCCCCAGAAGGACCUCACCUUCAUCCCCUGCUCGGGGCUCAUGGGGCUGGGGCUCAAGGACCCCAUCGACGAGAAGCUCUGCCCCUGGUACAGCGGGGAUGCGUUCAUACCGUUCAUAGACAAGCUGCCUUCUCUGAACCGCAAGAUGGGAGGCCCCUUCGUGAUGCCCGUGGUGGACAAGUACAAGGACAUGGGCAUGGUGGUGAUGGGCAAGGUGGAGGCCGGGGAGGCGAAGAAGGGCCAGUCGCUGCUGCUCAUGCCCAACAGGACGACGGUGGUGGUGGACCAGAUGUGGUCUGACGACGAGGAGGUGACGGCGGUGGGCCCCGGCGAGAACGUCAAGAUCAAGCUGAAAGGCAUAGAGGAGGACGACGUGUCUCCUGGCUUUGUCCUCUGCGACAGCACCAACCCCAUUAAGACUGGACGAAUAUUUGAUGCUCAGGUUGUAAUCCUAGAACACAAGAGCAUCAUCUGUGCGGGGUACUCGGCCGUCAUGCACAUCCACUGCGCAGCCGAGGAAGUCACAGUAAAGGCACUAAUCUGCUUGGUGGACAAGAAGACGGGGGAAAAGUCGAAGACGCGACCUCGCUUCGUGAAGCAGGACCAAGUAGCAAUCAUGAGAGUGGAGUGUGCAGGAGUGAUCUGCAUGGAGCAGUUCAAGCUUUUUCCUCAGAUGGGCAGGUUUACGUUGCGAGACGAAGGAAAAACCAUUGCAAUAGGAAAGGUGCUGAAAGUUAUUGAGUAAAUGCAGUCCACCUGCUGUGUGUUGCUUGAUAUUGAGUCCAUGUGUGGAGAUACGGACAGUUGACUGCGUCUUCGCGCUGCGGUGUAAUGGCGCAGCUGUGUUGUUCUGCUGGGAUACCAUCCAUAACAAUAUUGAUACAAACUAUAUCUGUGCUGCUACACCUACUCUUAGAUAAUAUCAUUUAUUCAUUUGGAUUUAGAUCUAAACUAAAAAGAAGGUCAUGUUUUAAAAAAAAAAAUGUUUUCAAAAAUAAAUGUUUUGGUUGGUAACAGUGGGUGGAGUGAGCAGUCGGGUAGCAGUGUCCUGGUGCUGUGCCUGUGUGUAUAUUGUGGGUGUGCGUAGUAUGGUUGCGCUGCUUUCGUUCCUCAUACCUUCGUCCUACUUCUGAUCUGACUCAAGUCCGUAGCAUUUUGUUUAUACAGUUUUUAAAAAUUACAAGUAGUAAAAAAAAUUUUUUAAUCUAGUAUGCUACAUUGAUCACAAAGAAGUUGGCGAGUAAUGACAAGGUUUUAUCCAUAUCUUUUUUGUAGUGCGUUGUGUACAGUGCACGAAGGAAAGGAAAAAAAAAAGAAAUGAAUAACCGUAGGCACAAACCUCUUGUUUUAUUGCAUGCGUGGGUGAAUCCGUGCAAACUUUUCCUGCCUUGUAAAGUUUUUUGCAAUGAAGUAAUUAUGUGUACAAUAUGUUAUAUAAAAGUGUAUAUUUUUCUGUGAUUAUAGGAAGUUUAAAUUUUGUUUCUGUGGACAUUACAUGUUGAAAUUUAUUUGCAUUCAUGCUGCGGUUGCUCGCUCCAAUCGUGUGGUCGGCGUGCGAGAUCUCCUGCUUGCGGAAAACAAAACAAACUUUUUUUCCUUGUUUUUUUUUCUCCUUUUGGAAAAACAGGCAUUAUUCAUGCAACAAAACUUUCAGUGCAGAUUUUUCAGGUGUUCCUUGUAAUAAAUAGUUUGAUCGUAACAUGGAAUUAUUAAUUAAAAAGUGCUUGCACAUUAUUUUUGUGUAUAUGAAGUAUGGAGUGGUUGGUAGGUUUUUCUCUUACAUUUCUUGCUCUGCAUUAUCAUUGAUUUGAUGUUUGUAACAUGGCUAUUGUGAUAUCUUGCAUUGCAUUUGUGAGCACUGGUAUUUCUGUUAAUAUUUCUGGCUACCUUAUCUUCUAAUUCUGUAAUUUGUAAUGAAAUUUUGAGUGACAUGUUGGAAAAAAUUAUGAUGCAGAAAAGUUGUCUGCUGCUGUGGUAAUUGUUGUUUAUUAAUACUGUAUGUACUGUUAAUUUUAAGGGCUAGGGAAUAAUUUUAUACAAGCAAAGACAUACUGUUAUUUUCAGUUGGCAGAAAUAAAAAUCUUAAAGUAACAUUUUGAAUGUCUUGUGUAAGAUAUAGCAAGUUCCAUUAUUUUUAAUUUGGAGUUAAUUAAUGAAUAGACUUUCAGUGGUAACAGAUAUUAUAUAUAUGUCAGUUGUACUUGGAAGGAGGAAAAUUUUCAGAAACAUGCUGAUAGAUAUUAGUUUACAUGCAGUAGUUGUGAAUAUUUGCACUGGAAAUAAUUUAUUUUACCCUAACAUACAUUGUGUGAGCAAGUGCAUUUGAUUGAAGCGAUUCAACACUUAUUCCUUUUAAAUAUUAUGUCAGUAAUUUUCAUCCACAAUUUUUUUUUUCUGAUAGCACUUCAUAAUUUCAAGGGACUAUAUAAUGUUAAAUAUUACAUAUAUUAUAAUACAUUUAAAAAAAAGUAAUUUUCCUUUGCAAGAGAAAAGUUUGAACUAAAGGUGCUCAAGCAAUGUGUGAUUGCUAAUUGUGAUGAGAUUUACAUAAAAUAUAGGGACUCAGUAGUGUUUGGAAAUAAACAGUCUUGAAACUAAUUGUCUGUUUUUUUUUAAAAGCUAUGCUUAAAGAAAAUUUUUGAACAAAUCAUUGGAACUCAUUGUGUAUAUUAUUUUUGCUUAGUCAUGAAUGUAGCUUGCAUUUUGCUAUUGCUUUAAUGGUGAUGACUGCUCUUGUCUUGCAAUCUAGCGUGGAGACAUUUGUGAGGAAAGCAAUGCCUUGACUGAACUUGAGCACCAAGUCGAGAGUCAACUAAUGGAGUGGUCUGGGACUGCCUGUGAGCAGAAAGUACCAAUACUUUCUGCUGUUGCAGGCUAACUGUGUGUCGUAAUUUAAAGUUAAUAAUUUCAUUUGAAUAAAAAUUUUUUAAGAAGCCA